GCCGUGUCCGAAACGGGCUUCCAGAGCUACGGCUACGUCUAUUGUCAGCGCGUCUCCGCGUAUUUUCAAAGGGCACAGACCUUAGACCUAGCUCUAGGCAGUUGAUUCGGAUGCAGCCUUAGUCUCACUUUUUCCCUUUACCACGAGAGGUCGGUAGACGUGUGUAAUGAAAGUGGCACACUUGACAUGCUUGACUUGUUGAACUUGAAUUGAAACGCGCUGAAAAUGGUUGUUUGCAAAUAUUAUAUGAAAGGAGAUUGUAAGUUUGGUAAUCAAUGCCGCUUUGAACACCCGAGGGGAGGUUCAGGAGGAGGAGGUUACUCUGGUUACGGAGGCGGAGGUUACCAGAGUUAUGGAGGUGGUGGGAGCUAUGGUUCCAGGGGCAGUGGUAACUAUGGUAACAAUGGCCAGCAACAAUCCAACUAUAAGAACCCCUAUGUGUAUCAUAAAGACACAAGUGGAGGGCGCAACUAUGAUGGGCGUGGCCAAGGUGGUGGUGGAGGCGGAGGAGGAGGAGGAACAAAGAAAGUGGUGUUCAGAGAUUCAUUUGGCAGUUUUGGAGGAAAUCAGAAUCAAUUUGGUGCCUUGAGCAACCUCAGUGACCAGACGCCUAAUGAUGACAUCAAAGAGCAGGAUAUAUUGGACGCCAUUAAGCAUGAUAUUGAUGAAUGGGAAGGCAGUAAGAUCUGGCCAUUAUCCAGCUACAGACCCAACAAGUCACGGUGUGGAUGUGUGCCAGGGUUUGAAGACAUCUCACCCGAUGAAGUCAGGUUCCUGGCCUACACUGCUGAGAAGGAGAAUAAGUUUGAUCAACACAAAGCAUCCUUUGCAUCAGUCCUAGGCAUUUACAAGAGACAACGAGACAUGUUGAGGAAGCCAUCUACAGAUAUGAAAGCACAACUGAUAAAUGUUUUCAGAGGUGGUCAGACGUCGGGGUCUAUCUUUGGCAACACUGAGUCUACUGUACAGAUUCUGUAUAGUACCUUACCAGGUGGAAGUAGUCAAGCGUUAGGAGCAAGUACCUUUGGAAGCACUUCAACUGGCUUUGGAUCCAAGUCAUCAUCCAACUCUUCAGGAUUUGGAGGCGGUACCUUCGGGAACACCCAACCUGGGAAUUUAGGGGGUACUUUUGGGACUCAAGGACAGAGUGGAGGUGGUGCAAGUGCCGGACUGUUUGGCAAACCAGCUUCAACUGGGGCUACUGGAACCGGACUCUUUGGUAAACCAGCCUCAACUGGAACAACAGGAACCGGACUCUUUGGUAAACCAGCCUCUGAUGGCACAACGGGAACCGGACUCUUUGGCAAGCCGGUUGCAGUUGGUAUAAAUGACAGUGGUGGCAGCAGUGGGAUGUUUGGAAGUGGUGGAAGCACCGGUCAAACAGGCCUGUUUGGAAAGCCAGCAGCAUUUGGGAGCUCUCAAUCAAGUUCCUUUGGAAUGACCCAGGGUGAUUUUGGAAGCAGUUCGAGUGGGGGUGCAGGAGCCUCUUCUAGAUCCCAAGGAAGCACCUAUACUCCUCUCAGUGAACUCACACCUGAAGAGAAGGAGCAAUUUGAAGCUACAUCCUUCACCUUAGGGAAGGUGCCAUCAAGGCCACCACCUAUGGAGCUGUGUAGGUGACAAACGAUAGUCUUAGUCGUGUAGGACAGACUGUAUAUAUUCAUUGUCACACGAUGUAAGAAACUGUAGGACUCUAUGAAUUUCUCAAAGAAUUUUCAAAAUUUUAUCAUGGCACUUGAAUGGAAUUUUUUUUUACUUUUUACAAAUUUUAAGAAAUAUAAUACAUGUAAUUCCAUGACAAAAGAUCAUAAAAUGAUGUGGAUAUCAAUAUAUUGACUCAGUACUUAUAGCAUGUGUAUCAAAAUUUGGAUCCCAAAUAUUAAAACUCUUAAGUUUCUGAUCAUUGAAUGACUGGUAAUGAGAUAUAAUUCUGCUCGAUACUUUUUGGCCAUGUUGGUCUGUUUGUCCAACAAUUGAAAAAAUUGUGUCCUUUGAAAAGUUGGAAAUGAAAUGCCUUUGUUACUUUAUUCUGCUCUCGGUUCCUUUAAUUUUCUGUUCAAAAUGUACUGUUUUUCAAAAAGAUGUGUACACAUGUGAAUUGUGAUACUCAAUAAUACCAACUCUAAGGAAUACUCUUAUUCACUUUA